UUGGUCGCUCUGCGCAUGCGCGAGUAGCAGUACAGUAGAGUAAAACUGAGGAAAAGACGGACCUAGGCUCUUGCUAUUUUAUUUAUUUAUCUGUCGUGUCUUUGCCAGCUACUAGAGUACAUUUGCCAUUUCGGUGUUAUAAAAGUGCAAAAACCAUGACGGAGUUACAGUCAGCCUUACUACUCAGACGACAGCUAGCAGAGUUGAAUAAAAAUCCAGUGGAAGGUUUCUCUGCAGGAUUAAUAGAUGACAACGAUCUCUAUCAGUGGGAAGUUCUAAUCAUUGGCCCGCCAGACACACUUUACGAAGGUGGUGUGUUUAAAGCUCAUCUCACAUUUCCAAAAGAUUAUCCACUUCGUCCACCCAAAAUGAAAUUUGUCACUGAUAUUUGGCAUCCUAAUGUGGACAAGAAUGGUGAUGUGUGUAUUUCUAUUUUGCACGAGCCUGGGGAGGACAAGUACGGGUACGAGAAGCCGGAGGAGCGCUGGCUUCCCAUCCACACUGUAGAGACCAUCAUGAUCAGCGUGAUCUCCAUGCUGGCGGAUCCUAACGGUGACUCCCCUGCUAAUGUAGAUGCAGCAAAAGAGUGGAGGGAAGACAGACACGGCGAAUUCAAAAGGAAAGUUGCUCGUUGUGUAAGAAAAAGUCAAGAGACUGCUUUCGACUGACGUUUGUUCAACACCUAGUAGCUUCAGUUUUCAGGGUCUCCGAUUGACAAGCAGCGUGGCACUACCUUGAUGGACUCUCCCCACUUAUUGCCAGAUUUGCCCUAGUGAGCUAUGGCUGACCCAGGCUGGCAAAACAGGCUGUGAUAGAACACAUUGCCACAAUGACAUGAACUCUGACUGAAACGCACAACAAGUGCCAACUUAAAAGCAAGUGGAAAAAAAGACAGUUUCUGAAGUCCAGUGAUUUACUUCAAUUUUCAGGAAGAAUGGGAAACACCUGUACAUAGCACUGAUAUAAAAUGUUAUAUACGAACUGUUCAUAUUCACACAGGAACAUCUAGUACCAAAUAAACAGCACUUCUGUAGUCAUCACAUGGGCGUUGCACACUUCGGUGGAUUUUGGUGCCCUUUCCCUCACCCUCCAUAAUCCAGUUGCAUCAGUGUGAUUUUUAUGUGUUGUUUUGAACAUAAGCCUUGUAAUAGGAUUAUAACAGAAAAAUUGGUUAUGGCUCUCAUUAGCGACUAAUAAUAUGCCAGACUGAUUGGCUCUGAAAUUAUGAUCUCAGUCAUCCUGAUUUUUGCAUGUGUACCCUUUUCUUAUUAUCAUAAAUGUUGGAAAUGAAAUGAUUGGUAACCCACUUUGAAGCAUUUUUGCGUGUAAUCCUCUGCUGCUGGCUUCCUUAAACCAUUGGAAAAAGAGGGAACGUGAUGAUUCCUUGGCUGUGCUUAGCUGCACCUGAUUGGAUUGGUGGCUUCAACAUGGCGUGCUGUCAGGUCCGGGUGCUUCAGAUGGCCUGCUCAUGUCGUGUUGCAUGCUCCUCUUGUCAUUUCCUUUUCUUUAGAUUUAUUUUUACUAAUGUGCCCUCCCCCCAAAAGUGCCUCUCUUUGCUUGGUAAAUGCAUUGUAAUUAACAUAACUUCAGGGUAAAUAAAUCAACAGUGUCCGUUACUAGGCACACUGUCCCAUAACUUUUUCUACGAUUUGUGCUCCAAUUAGAAUGAGCUGGUAUAUUAAAAUGGCCAUUUGGUGUAGCAAUAAUACAAACACACACAUAAAUUUCCUAAGCAAAUGGUGCACUUUCCCCUGUAUCUGUGCCAUAAAACUGGAUUUGGGAUACCUGAUAUAUAGUGUUGUUUUCACUGGUGCCCAUUUGGGCUUCAUGAACCAUGUGUUUCCUCUUUGAUUCGCUUUCACAUUUCUGGGUUAAAUUACCACAGCAAUGUAAGUAUGUAUUGAUGUUCAGAAGUAUUUGCAGUUUUUUUUCCUUUUGGAUGGACUGCUACAGGUUUCAUGCAUAAUGUGCAAAACAAAAGUGAUGUAUAUUUUUGAUGCUAUGGAAAUUGGCCCCCUCUGUGUAGUAAGUUCUUCCAAAAUAUAAUUUCUGUAAAUUCAAUCAUUUUUGUUAACUUGUGUUAUCAUCACAACCAUGAUAAAUAGGAUGGAUGGAUGGAUGGAUGGAUGGGUUUUUUUAUGAUACAGCAAAAGCUACUGCUAUGAGAAUGUUGUAAUUUGACUUGGAUGAAAUCCAUUACUAAACUUUGCAUGCCUUUAUUGAUCGGACGGAUGAAUUGAUGUUCUGUGACAUGAGUGGAUUCAUUUUUUCCAGCAGUGAAAUGUUUUUGUGGAAUAGGACAUUGUUUACAUAUGAUGUUAGAUAUUCAGUGAAAGAUUGACCAAGAUGCAUUUAAAGGUAAAUUUUUUAUUUCAAGAUUUUUUUUGCCAUAAUUGUGAUGUCUUAAAGGGAUAGUCCACCCUUUGUAAUUUGACAGAUGGGUAUAGGUUCAUAUUUAGCUUUGGUGCAGCAGAAUAUUUGCAGAUGUAUUUAUUCUAGUUUUGGAUGCUGUUUCAUAUAAUGUAUUUUUUCGUAACAUCUGUAGCAGAAAUUUUAGACCAUUAACCACAACACUGUUUCCAGAAUGAUCAGUCAACGUUAUGAAAUACGGACUAUAUAAAUGACAUCAUUAGAUUCUACUGUCAUGGGGUGCAUAAAAAUAAGUAGCAGUUAAUCACAAGCCAUUUCAUUCUGCUUUUGUUCAGCAGGGGGCAGUGCUGUCCUCCCUUUUCCAGGUAUAACAAAAGCAUGUGGGACAUUUAUUCUCAGAAGACCAGUCCUCUUGGCACAGAACAUCAUGGCUAUUGUCUUCUGCUCUUCUGUUAUUCGUAUAGGAAAAUAUUACCAAUGAUCUUAAGUUUGUGAGUCAGCCUGUACAAUAAAGGUAUUCACCUGUA